ACCCCACACUUAUUUUCUCCCUUGGUGUUUUUGGUUUCAGACUCACCUCCACCCAACAAUGGUUGACUGUGGUCCAUCCUGCGCUGUCCCAUCCUGCGCUUCCACCCCCACUGUUGGGUUUGGCUCAGCAGGAGGUCUUGGCUAUGGUGGUCUCGGCUAUGGAUUGGGAGGUCUCGGCUAUGGAAAUAGAGGAUUCGGCUACGGAUUUGGUGGUCUCGGCUAUGGCUAUGGAGGUGCUGAAAGAGCAGCCAACCUCGGAGUCCUGGCAGGAGUUGCCCCAUCCUGCAUCAACCAGAUCCCACCAGCAGAGGUCGUGAUCCAGCCACCUGCCUCCAUUGUGACCAUCCCAGGGCCCAUCCUCUCUGCCAGCUGUGAGCCUGUGGCUGUUGGAGGCAACACUCCAUGUGCCGUUGGUGGUUCCGGGAUCGUAGGAGGCUAUGGCUAUGGGGGCUUGGGCUUUGGGUCUGGCCUCCUUGGAAGCUCUGGAGGUUUCGGGUAUGGUUUGGGCUACGGGAGGGGAAGGAAGUUCGGGCGUCGUUUUAGCAUCUGUGCAUAGGCCAAUUAAACCUGAGAAGCAUAUUAUGAACUGAUAAUCAGAGAGCUUGAUACAGAUCCAUUGGGCAUGGUUCAAAAGAGCUUAAUCUCAGAUCCACUGCUGAAGUUGAACCCUCUUCAUCCCCCACCUCCUCGCUUUGAAGUCCAGAAAACUAAGAUGCUUAUAUGCUAAAUUUCUUCUGUAUUUCUCAUACAGCUAUCAAUGUCAUUUCUUGAAUCUUUUUAAUAAAGCUUUUGGCGCAUUAUGGUAACCCAUGUGUGUUGGUUUUUGUAACACUUGGCCUCAGUUCCUCACAGCAAGCCGUCCAGCUGACUGAAGCGACUUUUUGUCCAAAUUAAAACUGGAAUGUGUCUCAAGGCAUGUUUGUCAACAACAAAAUUGACAGAUGUUUGGAGGUUUUAUGCUUCAACUUUAAGAGAUUCUGUGCUGGUAGGAAGCUAUGGCUAUGGAUCAGGUCUCCUUGGAAGCAAUUUUGGUGGCUACCUUGGAGGUCUGAGGAGGGGUGGGCUCUUUGGAAGGAAAUCCCUGCUGGGAUGUUGCAGUAGUAUGUGCUUUUAGAUAUAUUGAACUCUUGAAGAACAUAUGUGUGAUGAUGCCAGGAAUGGCCCUGAAUGGGUGAAGAUGAUGCAGUGUCUUGUCCUGGGACCAUCAUAGAAGCCAACAUCUUUUGCAUGAAUUGUAGCCAUGUUUCAUUUCUCCUGCUUUUCCCCUUGAAAGUAUUUAAUCCAUGAAUGAGUUCAGAGCCCCAUUGUGCUCUGUGUUUCUUUGCCUUCCUCGUCUCCUUCUUCUUGCACAAUUGUCAACUUGAUACUUUCCAC